AAGAAAUCGUGCUAGGGAUAUUUCCUAUCCAUGUAAAUUUGUGCUCCCUGAGGGUUUUUCCAGAGGUUCCUCCGCUAAUCCUGUAUGUAAAUUGCAGCCAAUAGAUGCUGUUGUUGAGUUGGGCUGGGAUUAGCAGGAGGCGAAUGAGUUUCAAUUUUACUGGAUUACAGAACAAAGAAAGGGGAAAGGGACACCCUGCUCUGUUAAGGGGAAAAAAAAGAGAAAUAAACUUGGAAUAAAUACACAAAUAAUAGACUCUAAAACGUGCGAUCGAGGUCGGCAUUGUGGUGUUUCGGAUUACGAUGUUUUAGCAGACGCUUCGGCUACAUUGUGGAUGGGAAUUGUGAGCGUUUCUGAUGGAUUAAACCGGGGGAAUAAACCUAUUCCGGGAUUGACAGCAGCAACAAGGCUAUUUAAUCGCUAAUUAAGAGCCAUGGCUCAGAUGAGGAAGCUGGCAUGUGACGGCAUCAGGACGAACUCCCGAGGCGAGCCACAAGUCCCGCUGGUGUCUGCCAGACAGGAGAUCCUCACCAGCCUGGUGUCUGCUCUCGACUCAGUGUGCAUGGCGAUGUCUAAGCUCAAUGCUGAGGUGGCGUGUGUCACCAUACACGAGGACAGCGUGAUUGCAGUCGGCACAGAAAGGGGCAGAGUGUUCCUCAACUCCAGAAGGGAAAUCCAGACAGACUUCUACAAGUUUUGCCGGGUGCCGUGUCUGCAAAAUCUGACGACAGCAAAUGCCCAUACCAAAGACCAGGAAGGCGAUCUCAGCAAACUGAGUAAGGACAGUGAGCAUGGGAAACCGAGAGCUCCAUCAGACGUUCAGUCCAACAUCUUUGUUCUGAGGAAGAUGGUGGAGGAAGUCUUCACUGUACUUUACAGUGAGGCCGUGGGAAAGAGCAGCCUGGUCCCUGUGCCUUAUGAGUGGAUCCAGAAGGACCCCAGCUGUGUGGUGGCUCACGGUUUGCCUGAGGGAGUCUCCCUGAAGAAGCCCUCCGAGUAUGACACCAAGACACUGAUGAAGAUUCUGGAGCAGAGCCACCGCAUCCAGUUCACAGUAAAAAGGCCAGCAGAAGAUUUGUCUCGAGAAGCCAAGACCAGCACUGAUGUCAAUCAUAACUCUUCCACCGCCGUCAUGACACCGAGCAGCCACGGCCCGGGGAAGACUACUGCCCAGGUAGUCACGUCAUCCAGUCCCGCCACUUCCAGCAACUCUGUUCUGUCAAGCUUCCUGUACGGCAUGCCCAUGUCAUCCAAACCUCACCCAGACGGGAAGCUGGAUUUCAAGCCCAUGUCCCUCCUCAACCUCGGCAAGGACAGAGCGGCGAACUGGACUGCAGGCACAGACAAGAGCACAUCUGUCAAGGACUGCGGAAGCAAUGAUGAGACAACAAGACUACCUGGUGAGCAGGGUCAGAGCCCUCCUGGCAUCCACAUCUCCAAGAGGCUACUCUUCUCCAUAGUGCAUGAAAAAUCAGAAAAAUGGGAUUCUUUCAUUCGGGAAACGGAAGACAUCAACACAUUGAGAGAAUGUGUUCAGAUCUUGUUCAACAGCAGAUACGCUGAGGCCCUGGGUCUAGAUCACAUGGUGCCUGUCCCCUACCGCAAAAUAGCCUGCGACCCAGGAGCUGUGGAAAUCAUCGGCAUCCCUGACCAGAUCCCCUUCAAGAGACCCUGCACCUAUGGAGUCCCCAAGCUCAAACGCAUCCUGGACGAGCGCCACGGAAUCCGCUUCAUUGUCAAACGAAUGUUCGAUGAAAGGAUUUUCACUGCGGGGAGUUUGGUGGAGGACAUUGGUGAAAUGAUUCUUCAGCUUCGCAGACAAGUGGAGAGCCUCUUCAGCAUUAAGUACGCUGAAGCUCUGGGCCUUCCUGAACCAGCCAAGGUGCCCUACUCCAAGUUCCAGAUGUACCCAGAGGAUCUGUACGUCACCGGGCUGCCAGAGGGAAUCUCCCUCCGGAGACCCAACUGCUUCGGAGCGGCUAAGCUGCGCAAGAUCUUGGCUGCUAGCAGUCAGAUCCAGUUUGUCAUCAAAAGGCCUGAGCUGUUAACUGAACAAGUAAAACAAGAGAUGCCUUCCAUUCCCGUCUGUGACCCAGAGCUGGACGCCAAGGACACAACACCAGUAACAGAGGAUACUGCAGCUAUAUCCAAGAGACCUGGAUUCUCAGAGUGCUUGGAGUCCAAACUGUCCAGGAUCGACCUGGCCAACACGCUGCGAGAGCAGGUCCAAGAUCUGUUCAACAGGAAGUAUGGGGAGGCAUUGGGCAUCAAGUACCCUGUCCAAGUGCCUUACAAGAGGAUCAAGAACAACCCGGACUCGGUCAUCAUCGAGGGCCUUCCCCCCGGCAUCCCCUUCAGAAAGCCGUGCACCUUUGGCUCCCAGAACCUGGAGAGGAUCCUGGCGGUCGCUGACAAAAUCAGUUUCACCAUCACCAGACCUUUUCAAGGACUCAUUCCAAAACCAGCACCACGACGUGUCACUUUACUAAAGAAGGCCUACGCCUCGAUAAGUGAUGAUGACGAUAUUAACCGGAUGGGCGAGAAAGUUGUCCUUCGAGAGCAAGUCAAGGAACUGUUUAACAAGAAAUACGGUGAGGCUCUGGGCUUAGACCGCUCCGUCGUGGUCCCAUACAAGCUAAUCCGUGGCAGUCCAGAGUCUGUAGAAGUCAGUGGCCUUCCAGAUGAUAUCCCUUUCCGAAACCCCAACACCUACGACAUUGUGUGCCUGGAGAAAAUCCUUCAAGCCGCGGAUGAAAUAACAUUCAACAUCAAGAGCCAGCUACAACCUUUUGCAGAAAUCUGUAGCCAAGCUUGUAACACAGUAGGAACAAACGCCUCCACCAAUCGACGAAAGCGCAAGAGAGUCCAGGAGAGCAACCGAGUACCUGCCUCCUCUGACCUGGGGAUAUCAACCAAUCAGAUUCCAGUGAUGCAGUGGCCCAUGUACAUGGUGGACUACAGCGGAGUGAAUGUGCAGGUUCCCGGGAAAGUCAAUUACUGAAGGACAAACCUGGACUGCAGCAAAGGGAUAAAAGGAGGAGUUUGUCAAAGCGAUAUUCCCGACUCUUCAACACGCGACACUAACACUUUGCCAGAGUGCUAGGACUAAACAAUCUCUCCAGACUGAAUAUAGAGAACUGAAGGUUUGACUCUGUGAAUGACGUCCUGAGUGUUGAGGAACAACAGAAUGUACGUGGAUCAAAACGUUGCAGGGCUAAAAGCUUGGCUUGUUUUCUGUCUCCUGCCUCCACGCCGUGCCAGCAGGACAGCUGUCAGUUUUGGUUCUCCUCCUAAAGCUGAUGGCGACAGUUACAUUGUUUGUUUUUUUAUGAAGCAUAAAGACAUUACUGAAGUCACAUUAUUUGCCCUUGCAUUUACGAAGUGUCCAUCCACUGAGUCACGUUGUCGGAUCCAGCAUUCGGUUGCAAUGUAUUACUGACAAAAAAAAAAAUGUCUUUGAUAACGAUCUGGUUCCAUAAUAUUCAGAUAUUUGUACUUUUUAUUUAUUAUAUUUAUUGAAAUAUAACAUUAUGUGCAGGGAUGUAAAAUACAUUAUUCUGUUAUACUGCUCCUUGAGGAACUAUCACAGCACUAACACAGAUGCUACUAGUCACUCAGUAACUACAGGUAACCGCUGAAAUCAAAUUAAACAGCAGCAACGAAGUGUCUUAAUUGGGUGUCGUGGCGAUCGCAAGCCAUCAGAAAUUAAAAGGAAACAAAACGGAAGUUUGCCUGACGGGUAGAACCUCUGCUCUCACAGCGGCAGGAAGUACCUGCAGUAAACACGAGACCUUCAGCAAACAGCCUCAUUAUGUUAGCACCACAUUAACAAUAUGUAAAAUAUCUCAUUUAAAGUCAGCCUGAAUGUAUCAUGUAAAGGAAAGAAUGGUAUGUUAUUCUGCAUUGACUGUCUCUGGACUAAUAUUUAAUAUGCUGUACCUUAACGCCAAUUAGGCCUUUGAAAUAAAAUGUGUUGCCUUGCA